UUUAAUGAUUAUUAUAUUUGUCAAAAAUGACCUUUUUUUCUUUAAAGGUUGUCAAAAUGAUGAUUAUUGUCGUCAUGACAUUUGCCAUCUGCUGGCUGCCCUAUCAUAUUUACUUCAUUCUCACUGCAAUCUAUCAACAACUAAAUAGAUGGAAAUACAUCCAGCAGGUCUACCUGGCUAGCUUUUGGCUGGCAAUGAGCUCAACCAUGUAUAAUCCCAUCAUCUACUGCUGUCUGAAUAAAAGAUUUCGAGCUGGCUUCAAGAGAGCAUUUCGCUGGUGUCCAUUCAUUGAAGUUUCCAGCUAUGAUGAGCUAGAGCUCAAGACCACCAGGUUUCAUCCAACCCAGCAAAGCAGUAUGUACACUGUGACCAGGAUGGAGUCCAUGACAGUGGUGUUUGACCCCAGCAAUGCAGACAACACCAAGUCCAGUCAGAAAAAAAGAGCAACGCCAAGAGACCCAAGCUUCAAUGGCUGCUCCCGCCGGAAUUCCAAAUCUGCCUCCACCACUUCAAGUUUCAUAAGCUCACCCUAUACCUCUGUGGAUGAAUAUUCUUAAUUCCAUUUCCUGAGGUGAAAGAUGAGGCCAUCAUCAUGCCAGCCUAGGACCCCAUUCUCCUAUUUAUUAGUCCUGUCCUAUAUACUCUCUAGAAACAGAAGGCAAUUUUUGGCAGCUAUAGUCAAACUGAGAAAGGCAGGAUAUAAAGGUGACAAAGACACUAAUACAAUCUUAGUUUUCACACAAAAUAAAAUGGGCUUUAAAUUUACUAUUUAAAAACUCUAAAUUAUUAUAUGGAACAAACAAAAAUAUGUCUGAAAAAUACUUAUGAACUCUCCAGUCUAUCUCAUUUACAAAUUGCAAUACACAUUUGUGACAUUAAAAUAACAUAUAGCUUUUCCAAGAGAUUAAAGAUCAUUUAAAAUGUAAUAUUGUAAAUUAAGGAAAACAAAAUCUAUAUAAAAUGGACUUUUUGCCUAGAGAAAUAAGGUGGGAGAAAAAAAGGUAAACGACUCAUUUUCCCACUACAGUAAUGGAAAAUUAACCUCAAGAAGUAGGAACUGAAAAUCUUUGCUAAAGAAAACUCAUUUUGUAGAAUGUAAAAGUUUAAGGAUUUAAAGAUUUCUUACAUGGCAUUGAACUGAAAAGAAAAUCUAAUUAAAUCAUUAGACAAAUGUACAUGUCAUUCUCUUGAUAAUUUUUUCUGAGAAAGUAAAAUUUGUAAAAAUUAUAUACUUUUGACCAUUACAUAGUUUUAAAUGCCAAGCUAAAAAGUAGUCAAAGUUAGGACCUUAAAAAAUAUAAAGGGCCGGGCGCGGUGGCUCAUGCCUGUAAUCCCAGCACUUUGGGAGGCCAAGGCGGGUG